CAGCAGCAACAACAGCAGCAGCAGCAGCACAGCGCGCAUUUGUUGGACACAGACGGAGCGAUAGAGAAGCUGCUGCUCUGUUCAGAAAAUGGCCGACAGAUUUUCUAGGUUCAACGAAGAACGUGAUUUCAAGGGUGGGAAUCACUUUGACCAGUAUGAAGAGGGCCAGUUGGAGCUGGAACAGGCAUCCCUGGAUAAGCCCAUUGAAUCGCGAAUUGGCCCCUAUUAGCUAAGCAGCAAUGACCCGCCCAGUAUUUUAAAGCCAGGAUAACAUCGGGCACCGGCUGCUUCAGAAACAUGGCUGGAAGUUGGGGCAAGGUCUUGGCAAAACCAUGCAGGGUAAGGUUUGUUGGAUUCCCUCUGUAUGUCAGUAUGUGUGUGGGUGUGUUUUCUUUCUCCCACUCUGAGGUUGACCUCAACGUAACACCCCUUUUACAGUGUACCGUAGGCUAAUGGCCUCUGUCAGCUUUCUCCUCUUUGCUUCAUAAUCACUAAACCUUUAUUUCAAUCUGCACAAAGAGUAAAGCGCUUCUAUUUGAACAAAGAAAAAAAAGUCCAUUUUAAAUCAAUUUAAAUUUAGAAAGCCAUAAUUCCAUCACACCCCUUAGAAUCAUCUCCAGGAUGUUAAUUUUUUUUUUUUUGAGUUUCCGUUGCUGCUGUUGGGUAUCUGAUCGGCUGUAAUUACGGCUCAGACUUUGAAUGGCUUGCAGAGUAGCGAAUUUUCCCUCCUCUGCUUGUUUGCCUGUUUCUACCUCCAAACCUGUGAAACUUGUGUGUGUGUGGUCAUUAUGUGGGACUGAGAUGUGUAUGUGUCUGUUACUGACCGGGCCAUAGAGUCAACUUACAGGGAAUGUCUCACCACCCUUCUACACCUCGAAUGUCUCUACACCUCAAAUGUCUCUGUCCCCAUGGUUACAUGCACCCGUCCUCUCCCUGUUUCUUUGCUACUCCUGCACAGCAUGAUUGUCCCAGAGGUGCACUCCUGCUUGCCUCAAACUGUCACACUCACCUGGGGCUUUAAGCAGUGUUGGAGGUAACACACUGAACUACUACUUUUGCAUAAAGAAUUGAAAUGUUUAACUCCCAACGGGUGCACAGUUUACAUUUUUAAGUCUACUUUGGUAAAACUGCUGCGACAUAGCAAUGCAGACUCCACUCUAAGCACUGCUCAAAGCCUUGCCAGCUCUUUCCUCAAGUAUUUUUUGUGUGUCAUGUGUUCACUCGUUCUGGGGUUAAGCACAUCCCAAAACAAGCUUGCUCGCGAGGAAAUGAAAAAAUCUCAGGGAGAUUUGCUAACUGGGCUGACAAGCGUCUGCAAGGCAAAAAGCUCACAGGGGAAAGUGGUGGUUGUCCCGAGAGGCAUCUAUCAUCUCAGACCAGAUUUUUGACCUUGUUUUUUUUAAGGCACAAACAUUUCCCUGUAUCAGACAAUCAAAAAGUAGAUGUUACUUUUGCUUCACAACUUUUCCUUAUUCCUUAUUUUUUUUCCUUUACCUGUUGGAGUGAAUAUAUUUAUAAAAUAUUAUAUAUAUAUUUGUUUUUGGUGAAGGUAAAAAAAUUAAGGUUUUCACUGAUGCAGGGAUACAGGAUUUACUAUAUUAGGAAUGGUAGUUUGUUACCUUUAGGUGAUAUUCUGGUUGAGAUUGCAAGAUGACACCAGGCUAGGGGCCUGGGGACUUGGACGAGUGGUUGGGAGAGUGGUGAGAGGAAAUCCCUGUAAGCACCUAGCCCUGUGUGAAGUGAUGAUUUGGGGGGGGGGGACACACUGAAGCCCCUCUGGUAAUAAACCCCCCCUUAACCCCACAACCACACUCCUAACCCCACAAUCCCUUCUCUGUGUGCCUCAAUCUUCCUGCUUAACCAAUUGGUGUUUCUUUUUUACAGCGAUUUGAUCCUGCCCAUGUUGUGCUGAUGGUAAACUUAGUGGACGCACCGACCCUGUGCCCAUCACCCUCAAAUAUGAUGUCAUGGGGAUGGGACGGAUGGAGAUGGAAUUGGACUAUGCAGAGGACGCCACAGAGAAGAGAAGAGUGCUUGAAGUGGAGAAGGAGGACACAGAAGAACUGCGGCAAAAAUACAAGGACCAGAUGGAAAAGGAGAAAGCCAUUGCAAAGGCUCUGGAAGACCUGAGAGCCAAUUUCUAUUGUGAGCUAUGUGACAAACAGUACACCAAACACCAGGAGUUUGACAACCACAUUAACUCUUAUGACCACGCUCACAAGCAGAGGCUUAAGGAGCUGAAACAGAGAGAGUUUGCUCGCAACGUGUCAUCCCGUUCCCGGAAAGGUGGAAAGAAGCAAGAAAAGAUGCUGCGUCGAUUGCACGAGCUGGCUGAGCAGAGGAAACAACAGGACCGUACUCCAGGAAGUGGGCCCAUGUUCAAAACUACCACAGUGGCUGUGGAUGGAGAGAAGUCAGAUGAUGGCGACAUGACACCUGAAAACACUGCCUUGACAGACUGUGUCAUGGAAGGAUCUCCGGCAGAUAAAACUGGGGAAGCCUCCCCAAAGCCAAGUCCAACAGUCAGCUUCUCUCUGGGGAAGAAACGCUCCUCAUCCCCAACCCCUACUGGCUCAUCCAAAGUUAGUGUGUCCUUCUCUUUUGCCAAGAAAGCCCCAGUAAAGCUGGAGACAGCAGCGGCAGUGUUUGCUGAUCAUGGAGAGGAGGCUAUGGAGGAGGAAGAGACCCAGGAGGGAGAGAAGACUGGAGGGCAAGAGGAGACAUCUGGCAGCAGCACAGACAGCUCUAAGGGAGGUGAAGGAGGAGGGGAAGGAGGAGAAAACGCUAGUGUGUCAACAACCGAAGAGGUGCAGCAGCCUGACGACGGAGCCUCUCUAGCCUCUACUCUCAACAAACUGAAGAUGAUGAUGAAAAAAGAGGAAGGAUAUGCUGGACAGGAGCCUCAGUACUACCACUAUAUACCUCCAGCUCACUGCAGGGUAAAGCCUCACUUCCAGUUUUUGCUGUUUAUGAAGGCAACUGAUCAGUGUUUGGGAAAAGAAGAAGACGAGGACGAGGAGCAGGAGGAGCAGGAGGAGAAAGUUGAAGAUAGUUCUGAACAGACAGAGCCCGACGUUACAGAGUGCAAGACCGAAAAGGGACAAGAUAAUGUCACUUUAUCCCCUGACCCAGAGCCAACUCCUCCAUCGCCUAAAAUGAAGGAGGAGGAUGUGUCUUCAUUCGCAGCAGAUACAGCUACCAUGGUUCCCACUUCCCCUACACAAAAAGCCGAAGACACAACAACACAGGACACAAUGGAUUCCAGCUUGGGUCCUAAAAUCCCCACUGGUCCCUUCUUUCCAGUUCUGAGCAAAGAUGAGAGCACUACCCUGCAAUGGCCCUCUGAGCUCCUCGAAUUUACAAAAGCUCAGCCUUCCUUGUCUUACAGCUGUAAUCCCCUCUACUUUGACUUCAAGCUGUCUCGCAACAAAGGUGUGCGUGGCGGGAAAGCAGCAAAGUCCCCUAAACCUUGUCAAGAGUCUGAUGGCAAGGGGCAAGAGAUGGCUGCAUCAACAGCUGAUGUAGAUAUAACUGCUAAACCUGGGACCAGCACUGACAAAGACAAGCCAAGUAUAGGUAAGGAAGAUCUUGGCCAACCAGAAGGUGAUGAGCAAAAGCUUGCAACUGGCAGUGCCAAGAAAAAAAAGAAAAAGAAGAAGCAUAAGAAGUCUGCAAAGCACUCAAAACGUAAAGGAAAAGACAAGGGAGCAGAAGAAGAUGCAGAGGGCGAGACUGAGCUAAUGCAAGAGAAACCCAAAAAGAAGAAAAAACACAAAAGGAAGAAAAGCAAAAACAAGGGUCCCGAUCAAGAUGAGGCAGCAGGUGAUGAAAAGGAAAAAGCAAAACCAAAGUCAGAAGAUAAAGCUGUUGCCUCCUCUGUUCAGCUGACAACUGGAACGGUGGGAGCUACGGGAAAUGCAGGAGUUGAACCGGGAAAGAGGAAACGUGCUACUAAGGAAGUGCCUUGCAAGUCUGGAGCAGAGGAAGGAGGAGCCGGAAAAGGCACCGACAAGGUCAACUCCUCAGAGGAGCACAGUGGCACCAAGCGACAAAAGACUGACUCCAGUGCACCUCAAAGUGCCUCCUGCUCCACCUCAGCUCAAAAGAGUCCUGGUCCUGGUAGACCGCCCAGCAGUGAGAGUGAAGAAGAAGGGGGCUCUAAUACUCAGCGCUCACGUCAUCACAGGUCAAGUCCUCGGGAACAACGUCGCCACCAUAGUGCAGAAUCAAGACGGUCCUGCAGCCGUUCUUCAAAACGGGGGGAAAGACGGGGCAGCAGUCGUCGGCACCAUCGUGGCCAAACCUCUCGUAGUCACUCAUACUCCAGCAGUUCUGAGCGCUCCUCAGCAGGCAGCAGCGCCUACAGUCACCGAAGCCGCAGCUACUCAGACAGUUACAGCGACUACAGCAAAGAGGGUCACAGACGGAGGCACUCCAAACGUUCAUCAGACUCUGAGUAUGAGCGUAGAGGAAGCCGAGGACGAAGACAAUCCAGGAGACAUCAGUACACCUCUUCCUCCUCAGAAGACUCCCGCUCACGUUCACGCAGCUACAGCCGCAGGAAGAGGCACCGGCGGCACCAUCGGAGCAGCUCAAGAAGCUCUAGUAGCUGGAGCCGCAGCACUAGUGCAAGAUCGUGGAGACGCAGCUACAGUCGGAGUCACAGCUCUGCCAGCCGCUCCUCCAGUUCCACUAAAGUCUCUCCUCGGCGACGAGGCCCCAGGGCUCGAGCUGACAGUGACGCACAGCGUAGAGACUUCAACCGGUCUUGUAUCUACCGUUCCCAGUCCCCACGUUCAUCUUCAUCACGAGGCCUUAACCGCAACCCCCAUUCAUCCAGCUCCCAGUCUCUGAGGCCAGGGGGGUCCCGAGAUGCAGGGGAACAGAAAAAUACCCUUACUGCUCGCCAGCUCCUGGAGAAGGUUCAGUCUAAAAAAAGCUCUGAUGAUUCUGCCACAGGAACAAAAUCUGGGAAUAAGAUUAAGGACCCACCGCAGGGAUACUUUGGUCCCAAACUACCCCCGACCCUUGGAAACAAAACCAUGCUGCCGCUUUUUGGUAAGCUGCAAGCAGGGAAGAAACCAAUGAUUCCCCUAACCAGACCCAAUGAGGGUGAUAAAUCAGGUGCAGGGAAGUGCUCUGAGGCAGAAGUUAUCUUGGUAGAGCCUAUAAGGGAGUUCCCUCCUCCACCACCACCUCCAGCUCCACCUGUCCAGAAGGUUGAGGAGGCCCCACAGGUCAUGGUGGUGCAAGAGGAGACGCAGCAUCCCACUACAGAAUCCCAGGUGCACCAAGAACCCCGGCCAUUGUUUGAACACGAGCCUUCCAUGAUGAUGCCCCCGUAUCAAGGUGAAUCGGGACAGGACCCUUCUCACAAUCCCAUGAUGGAGUCCCUCAUGCCAGAAAUGCAGCAGCCUCCAAUGCAUGCCUACCCUGCUUACCCACCACCCAACAUGGAGGAAGAUGGCAUGGAGGCAGAGGAGGAUGGACUGGCUCCUUUGGAGAGUCAGCCCAUUACAUUCACACCAGAGGAGAUGGAGAAGUACAGCAAGCUGCAACAGGCUGCACAGCAGCACAUCCAGCAACAGCUUUUGGCCAAGCAGGUCAAGACAUUUCCGUCUGCAGCUGCUGCCGCAGCUGCUGCUGCGGCAGCUGCCAACUUGGCCCCAGCUCCCCCUCCCCCAACCCUCCAACAGAUCCACAUCCAGCAGCCCACUGUGUCUAUGGCUUCCAUGGCCUCUGGCACAUCAAUCACCACAGUGCAACAUGCCAUCCUGCAGCACCAUGCUGCCACUGCUGCAGCCAUGGGCAUUCAUCCAGCACAUGCCCACCACCCACAUCAUGCACAUGCCCAGUUGGCCCAGGUACACCACAUUCCCCAGCACCACUUUACUCCCAUCUCCCUGUCUCAUUUAGGUCACUCCCUUGGCCAUUCUCUGGGACACUCACUAGGACAUGCUGGGCUGAUUCCUGCCCACCAUGCAGCCUUCCUCUCUGGUCAGCCUAUACAUAUUAUCCCAGCGUCUGCACUUCACCACACCCCCUUAGCUCUCCACCAUGUACCACACGCCCUCUACCCCACACUUUUCACACCCCGGCCCUCACAGGCUGCUGCAGCGGCAGCUCUCCAACUCCACCCACUGCUACACCCGAUCUUCUCAGGGCAGGACCUCCAGCACCCACCUAACCAUGGCUCUUGAAGGAGUACAGUAACACCACCCAACCUCUGAAAUAAGACUUAACUGGCUUGGUUCAGGGUUUUAAGAUGAAGUCUUUGCAGCAACAGGCAGGCAGUGAGACAGGAAGCUGUCAAUAAACUACUACUUCCUUUUACUGGCCAACACAGUACAGAAGUUGUAGCCACAAAGUGGUGCUGCCUGUGUUGGGUAUAAAAUCAACAUUAAUAUUUUCUUCUGGCUCAUGCAAGUUAUUUUUUCACGUUUUGCCCUGAAUUUUAUAAAACAGGGUGUAGAUUUAAACAGACUUUCUCAAGACAUUGGUUUAUAUUCCAGUUUGAGGUAUAUUAACACCAUCCAUUUGUUUUGUUUUUAAUCAUAAGUAAGAGCAACUACUGGAGUUUUUUUCCCCCCCAUAAAAAUAUUCUUUUUUUUCUCAUGUUGGCAGCCAAAGAGAGAAGUUAUGACCGAAGCUAUAAGCUGGAUCAUGUUAGGAGUAUGUGGUAGGCAAACGGCUUCAACUCUGUAAUGUAACCUUCAGAGACAGACUACUUCAUAUUUACUGAUAUUGUUUAUGUUCUUAUGACUACUUGCUCUCUACUGGAUCAUUGCUCUCAAAUAAUUUGUAAUGCAGUAACUUGUACAUAUAUCAGUGUGUAAUGUGAAGAAUCUCCUCAAUGAUGACCAUUUAAAAUUACAGCUAUGGAAUCGUUAUGACAUCGUCACAUAAGCGAGGGGAAAUGUGAUGUAGGGGUUUUAACAUCCCUGAUGCUCUGAGGCAAAGCUCGUGGUCCCUGUGGCAAGGAUGCACCUGAAUAAAUUGCACUGAAAAUCUGUACAUCAAGAUGGUGCAUUUGCAUCAUGUAACAAGAUUGUAGUAUACUGCAAUAAAUGUAUUUUUCUGUUUUUAAGUUAUUUUCCAAAAAUGCUCUUCAAAAGAAGGGCUGUGUUUUGCUUUUGUGUAAUUUUGUAAAUAAAACUGCUGUAGAUUAACCUAUUAA